UCUAUGAUGAGCUCAAAGCCACAUGCAGCACUUCUCUCCAGCCCUGGCCUAGGGCACCUAAUCCCAGUCCUCGAGCUUGGUAAGCGCUUGGUCACACACCACAACUUCCAAGUCACCGUCUUGGUCAUUGCUUCUCACACCUCUCCUGCUGAGUCCCAAGUUAUUGAGUCAGCCAUGUCCCCAAAACUCUUCGACAUCGUCCAACUCCCACCACCAGAUAUCUCCAGCCUAGUGGACGCUAAAACUACAACUGUUUCACUACUUUCAAUAAUGAUGCGUGAAGUCAGGCCAGCCUUUCGGUCUUCAAUAUCUGCCAUGAAGUCCCAUCCCACCAUUCUCAUUGCUGAUCUUUUUGGUACAGAAUUUUUUCCCAUAGCUGAUGAGUUACAGAUGCUCAAGUACGUUUAUAUCGCUUCAAAUGCAUGGUUCCUUGCUAUGUUUCUAUAUUCUCCAAUCCUAGAUAAGGAAGUGGAAGGUGAAUAUGAAGACCAAAAAGAACCAUUCAUAAUCCCAGGUUGCAGGUCACUUCGACCCCAUGAAGUAUUUGACGCCAUGCUAGACCGAAACAACCAGCAGUAUCAUGAGCUUAUACGAAUGGGGAUUGAAAUACCAUUAAGCGAUGGGAUUUUGUUGAACACCUGGGAAGAUUUGGAGCCUACAACACUUGCAGCACUGAGAGAUGAGAGUCUCUUAGGUCAGGUUGCUAAGGUACCGAUUUAUACAGUCGGUCCAUUAAGGAGAUCAAUUGGGUCGACUAGUUCGACAAGCCAGUUGUUUGAGUGGUUAGACAAGCAACCAAACGAGUCUGUGAUUUAUGUCUCAUUUGGGAGUGGUGGUUCGUUGUCACACGAGCAAACAAUCGAGCUAGCUUGGGGGUUAGAGUUGAGCCAACAGAAAUUUAUUUGGGUGGUGCGCCCACCAGCUACAAAUGGUGCAGAUGCGGCAUUUUUCACCGUAGGGAGUGGAGAGAAUGAUGUGUCUGAAUAUUUGCCAGAAGGGUUCUUGAAUCGGACCUACAAGUUAGGGAUAGUGGUCCCCAUGUGGGCCCCACAGGUGGAUAUCUUGAGCCACGACUCGGUUGGAGGGUUUUUGUCACACUGUGGUUGGAACUCGACGAUUGAGAGCAUCACCAGUGCAGUGCCAAUGAUAGCAUGGCCACUAUACGCAGAGCAGAGAAUGAACGCUACGUUGCUGAAUGAGGAGUUUGGCGUGGCUGUUCGAUCUAAGGUAUUGCCGACGAAGGAAGUGGUGGGGAGAGAGGAGAUAGAGACGGUGGUGAGAAAGAUCAUGGAAGACAAUCCAGAAGGGAAUGUAAUAAGGGCUAGAGUUAAGCAGCUUAAAUGUGAUGCAGAGAAAGCUUUAUCUGAAGGUGGCUCCUCAAAUAAUCAGCUGUCUCAGGUGGCAAAACACUGUGAGAUACACAUGCAACGCAUGAAGGUGAAGGACUGA